AUGGCAGAGCCACCGCGGGCGGAGGGGUGCACCUUCCGCAUCGGUGGGCAGUGGACGGCCUUCGAGGGUAUCGCCGACAGCCGCCCGCCCACGGUCGUGAGCGCGGGGAGCGUGGGCGGCGUGCUGCAGGGCGGCCUGAGCUGUGCGCGCGCGGUGAAGCCGGGCACAUGGCCGCUGGGCACCCUGAAGCAGGGGCCCGGCGCCGUGGACGACAGGCCCCUGGCGCCGCUGCACGUGGCGGUCCUCGCCGCACCCGAGCGGCCCGACCGGGACGACAUGCCCAAGUACGAUCGCGCCGCCCUGGUGGACGUGUCGCUGGACGGGGAGGUGAGCGUCUCGCAGGAGGACGGCGUCGUGGCGAGGCUGCAGCUGGGCAGCGUGGCCUGGCUCAGGACGGCGUUCGCUCCUCUGGUCCUCGACGCGCGCUUCUCCGAGCUGGGCCCACAGAAGGUGGCGGGCUCCGUGGGCUGCCGCAGGGCGGGGAGCAUGGUCUUCUGUGAGGGCACCCUGCCUGGCAUCGACUACAGCGCGACCGAUGACUUUCUGCUGGCCUCCCUGCCGCUGGAGUGCCGACCCAAAGGCGGCCGCCGGUGCUUUAUCGCCGUGUGUUGUCACGGUGGUCUCAUGCACGUGCUGCGGCUACUGCUAGACUCCAGCGGCCGGCUUGCCGCGAGGCGCAGCCACUCGCAGGGGCGCGCCCGUGACGGCCAUAUUUACGAGGUGGCCAAGCGGCAGCCGGGUCCGCUGCCGCUGCCGCUGGCGCCAGUGCGCUUCGUGACCGACAUCAGCGGGCAGUUGGAGCUCUUGGCCGACGCACGCGCGCCCCGCCAGCAUGCCGCUCGCAAGCAGCUUUCCUACCUGGGCAUCGGGGGGGACGCAGACGAGACCGAGAGCCCCCGGGACCUCGACGGCUUCCAGGUGGCCAACUGCGCCCGCCACCGCUCCCUCGUGCUGCUGGACGGGGCGGUCUUGCUCACCGCCAGGCACAGGUACACGGCCUUUGCCCGGGUGCCGCACGACUGCCGGCCGGAGCAUACCGUCACGCUGCUGGUGGCGCGGGGCCUGCCCGUCGGGCGCUUCGAGCUGGAGCGCCUCGACGUCACGCCUGCGGGGGAGCUCAUCUGCCCACAGCUGCCCGAGGAGAUGGGCGUGGAGCACGUCAUCCACCUGGGGGGCGCCGUCUACGGCGUGCCCGCGGUCGCCGGGGAGUUCGACAGCGAGCCGGAGGAGAAGACGGAGCCGGAGGUGGAGCCGGCCGAGCGGCCCGUGGAGCGCGGCGCCCAGGAGCUUCCGCCCGCCGAGGGCCCUGCGGGAGCGCAGGCCGUCUCCCGCGAGCUCGGCGAUCGGGUGUGGGGCCUCAGCGAGCAGGACAGGGCCUGGAAGCGCCUGCGGGAGCUGGAGCAGAGGGACAGGCGCUUCCGCGGGAAGUUCCGCAGCGCGGCAGAGUUCAUGGAAUUUGAAAGGACUCUGCAGUGGUUUCGGGCGCACGACUGCACGGAGAGUCAUCGCCUCACACAUUCGUGCUUCAAGGGGCGCUCCGACUUCACGCAGUCUGGCAUGCUGGUAUUCGACACAGAGGAGGAUCUAGAGGGCCUCAACAAAGCUAUUGCGUGGCUCUACGAAAGGCGUAUCCCUGUGGUUCUCAUGGAGCGACAGACUCGAAUUUUCCCUAUGAUUUUUGACAUUGACCUCAAGUGCACGAGAGAGGAGACCAUCAGCAAGGUGCCAGAGCGCAUAAAGAAUGGUCGGCCUUUCCGGGGGCCCGUAGAUUUUUGCCGCUGGCAUGGAGCUGACUACCUUGUCUUCAGCUCCGACAUGUUUCUGCUGCGACACCUCGGCAAGAUCGUGUUCCAGUUUUUUCCAGACCUUCCUCUCUUAGAUUUAUGCGUCUUCAAUGCGUCCGGCUGGGACCGGGUCAAGAAUUGUGUAAAGGUGUCGGUUCACCUAGUCGCCCCCUACAUCCUCGUGACGCCGGAGCGGCUGACUGCCAUCCGCGAGCGGAUGUUGGAGUACCUGGGCGAGUGCUCCGAACACAAGGGGCACCCCAUCCACGCUCUCCUGAACGAAUACCUCGAGGAGUCCGACGACAAUGUCUGGGACAAGGUCGUGGACCAGACGGUAACCAGCGGCACCAACGGACUCCGGAUGCCCUUCUGUGACAAGGCCCAGCGGAGCCUGAAGCGCGAGUUCCAGGAGCGCAAGCGGCAGGGCGAGGUGUUCAGCGAGCGCGAGCUGGUGGACUCGCACGCCUACCUGCGCGAGGAGGCCGGCAGGCCAUGCCUGCCCGAGGGCAUCCUCCGCCUCUGGCCAGUGGAGGGCGACGACGAGCACGCGCUGCCGAGGGCGGAGUGGAUGUGCCAGGGCGACGACCUGCCCAUCGACGAGUGGAUUCGGCUGGGCCGGUGCCGGUACUCCUGGCGGGUGCCGCUGGCCCCGCCGGGCCCGACGCCCUGGCGCCCGCCGCUGCGGUUCCAGUGGGCGGAGCCGUCGGCUCUGUGGGAGGACCGGCUGGAGCUCAAGGGCAGCCCGGUGGUGCGGGUGUUCUCGGGCAGCGCGGGCGAGUUCCGCGCCCUCUGGGACGAGGCGAUGGCGAGGUUCGGGAGGCUGCAGGGGCGGUGGCUCGCGACCAGCGCGGGCGCGCGGUGGCGAGGCGGCCUGAGCGACGAGGCCGCCCACGAGGUCCGCUACGUGGAGCGGGCGGGCCGUGCGGUGCUGCUGCUGUCGCCAGAGCCUGGUGCCGCGCGCGUCUUCGCGGAGUUCCGGCGCGUGCUGGCGGGCUGGACACAGCCGGACGACCUGGGCUGCGUACCGCUCUGUGGCUCUCCCUCCGACUCGCACUCGGCCGCGCUCCACACCAUCGUGACGCCCUCGGAGGACUUCCCCGACCUGCAGAGCGCGCUGGAUUCGGUCCCGGUGGACGAGCCGCUGCACCGCGUGCUCAUCAGGGCAGGCGUGCACGAUCUGCCAGCCACGCUCGUGCUGCAGCGGCCAGUGCUGCUUGAGGGCGAGGGCCGGUGGGAGACGUCGCUGCGCGCGAACGCAGUACCGGUGCUCCGCUUCGAGGGAGUGGGUGCGUCGACUGCGAUGGUGCGCAACCUGCACCUGGAGGUCCUUGACGACACCGUCGAGGGCCACGGUGCGGCCGCGGUCGAGAUGAACUUUGAGGGCCUGGCAGGCGGGGAGCCCGCGCUCGUGGGCUGCACUCUGGCCGCGGCCGGGCGCUGGGGUACGUGCAUACACGCCACUGGCAGUGCCCCCCAGAUCGUGAGGAACCGCUUCUCCAUGGCACGGUGGGGCGUGGUGCUGGUGAACGCGAACGGGCGCGUGGAGGACAACGAGUUUUCCGGCCUCGGCGAGGACGGCCUGGUGAUGAUCGGCGGAGCGCCCUGGGUGCAUCGGAACACCAUCUCGGACUGCGGCGGCGCGGGCGUGCUUGCGGGCGCCGAGUGCCACGCGGUGCUGGAGAUCAACGAGGUGCGCGAGUGCUUUACUGGCGUCAAGCUGGUCGGCAAGCGCUCCGAGAUCAUUAUGCGGGGUGGCAAUCGCCUUUUGCACAAUGGCUUGUGCGACGAGCACCAGCUGGAGGCACCACCUGGGGUCAUCCCGGGUGGCGCCACCGCAACAGUGCGAAGCUGUCGACCCUUCGCUUUCCUGUCGAAGUCAGCGGAUGGCUUGCUCCUCAGACUCCAGGAGUGCAACGACCCUGCGGAGCUCACCAUCACCAUUCGCGCAGCCAGGCGGCACGGGCUCUACAAGGCGGCUUUCCAGGCCCACGAGAGGUUGACCGCGCUGCGACGCAUGUGCCCAAAGGGGCCCCCAGCGAGCGCGGCGCCCGCGAGCUGCGAGGUGGCCGUAGCGUGCAAGGAGUGGGACGGCAGCGUGGCUGGGUACGGUAUGCAGUGCGUGUCCACGCGCCCAGGCAUGCUGUGUGAGGUGUGGAAGAGGGACCCGUCCGGCUGGCUGUUGGUGAAGACAUCCGACCACGCGCGGGGCUGGUGCAGUCCCCAUGUUUUCACCGAGGGUGGACUGGUGACGUCGUAG